AUGAAGAGUUCCUUUCUUGUCCUCUGUCCUCUGUUCCCGGUCACUGAUCUCAUUCACAGGAAACAGUGGCGUCGCGACCAUCCUUUCGGCUUCUUUGCGAAACCAGUACGGGGCGCAAAUGGAGUUGUAGACCUUAAGAACUGGGAAGUGGGAAUACCAGGAAGAGACAACACCAUCUGGCAAGGCGGAUUAUUCAAGUUAACACUCACAUUCCCUGAUGAGUAUCCUACGAAGCCACCGAAAUGCAAAUUUGUCCCCCCGCUCUUCCAUCCCAACGUAUAUCCCUCCGGCACGGUGUGCCUCUCAAUUCUAAAUGAAGAAGAGGGCUGGAAGCCAGCCAUCACCAUCAAGCAGAUUCUCCUGGGAAUCCAGGAUCUGCUCAACGACCCGAACCCUGAAUCUCCUGCUCAAGCAGAUGCGUACAAUCUGUACAAGAAGGAUCGAGCGGCAUACGAAAGAAAGAUAAAGAGCAUAGUCAAGGAGAACCCGGCACCGUGA